AUGUCACACAGCAGCGCCUCCUCUCGGCCUUCCUCUUUGGCUUUCACUGCACCCCCGGUAGCAGCAGCAGCGCUUACAGCAGCAGCAGCAGGAGCAGCAGCAGGAGCAGGGACAGUAACAGAUCCAGCAGCAGAUGCAGCAGCAGAUGCAGCAGCAGGGCACCUGCCUCCCUUUGUUGUUGCUGCUGCUGAGACAGCUCCAAUACCUUCACCUUCAAUCUCUUUGAAGUCAUACACUAACUGCAUAGCGCGCACCUUGCAAAGCCUGGAGACGCUGCAGCAGCUGCAGCAGCAGCUGCUGCGGAGCCCCAAUGCAGCAGCAGCAGCAGCAGCAGCUGCUGCUGCUGCUGCUGCUGCAGCUGGUGCGCACACAGACGAUGGAUCUGCUUCAAGAGGGAUGCCGCUUCUUGCGAGGCAGCAGGAGGAGCAGCUGGAGAAGCAGCAGCGGGAAUUAAAGGAGCAGCAACUGCUGCUGCUGCAGCAGCAGCAGCAGGUAGAAAGGGAGGCUUUGCUGCAGCAAGAAAACCAGCAGCAGCAGCAGCAGCAGCAAGUACUGGUGGACCGCGUUGCUGCUGAUGUUCGUGUGUUGGUGCGCGCAGCAGCAGAUCUGCGAAUGCCUGCUGUUCAGCAGGUGCUGCAGCAGGUAGUUUCUGCUGCUGCUGAGGGAGAUACGGUGCAGCGGCAGGGCGCAGCAGCAGCAGCAGCAGAAGCAGCAGAAGCAGCAGCAGAUGCUGUGUCUCUGGCUGUACUGACCCCUUCAAUAGUAUGUAAGAGCAGCAGCAAACUGCUGCUGCCUCCUCGUCUGCUGCAGCGUUUGCUGCACUUGUCUCUAAUUGGUGUGGGGCUUCGCUCCCUGCCUCCUCUUGCUGCUGCUGCUCCUCUGCUGCAGCAGCUGCUGCUCAACAACAACAAUCUCACAGACGAAUCCCUCAGGGCGCUGCAGCACUUGCAGCAAUUAAAAGUGCUGUCCCUUAGCCACAACUGUCUCCGCUUGCAAGGCACUGCUGCUGCUGCUGAUCCUGCUGCUGCUGCUGCUGCUGGUGUUGCUCUGAGUGCCGCACAUCAGCAGCAGCAACAGCAGCAGCAGCAGGAACAAGAAGAAGCUGGCCUGACCAGCGCAUAUCCAGAAGCAGCAGCAGCCGAAGCAGCAGCAGCAGAUACCAGCACCAGCAGCAGCAGCAGCAGCAGCAGCAAGGGGCUGUUCGGUGUCUGUUCUUUGCUGCCAACUCUUCCAUCUUUGCUGCUGCUGGAUAUCAGCAGCAACCGCCUCUGCGCUUUGGGGGAGCAUUUGAGAAGUUUGACGCUGCAGCACUUAAACUGCAGCAGCAACGAACUCCGGGAGCUGCUGCUGCUGCAGCAGCUGCCGCAGCUGCUGCUGCUCGACGCAAGAAACAAUCCCUUAGAAAUCACUGGCGGAUUAGAGGCUGCUCCCAAGCUGCAGCACCUGCUGCUCUCAGCGCAGCAGCAGCAGCAGCAGCAAAAGCAGCAGCAGCAGCAGAAGCAGCAGCAGCAAAAGCAGCAGCAACGUAUCGAAUUAAGGGAGAUAGAGGUCUGCCAUGAGGCUGUAAAGAGCAUCACGCUUGAACUGAUGCCUGCGAAGCAGCAGCAACAGCAGCAGCAGCAGCAACAGCAGCAGCAGCAGCAGGUAGCGGGAGUGUUAGGAGGGACGUCUGGUUUAAGCGGCAGCAGCUUCAGCGGCAGCUGUACGCGCAGCAGCAGCAGCAGCAGCAGCAGCAGCAGCAAGGCCCCCCUUGCUGUUUGCCGUUGGCGUUCGCUGCUUCGUUGGAGGGUGCCACAGCUGCAGCACCUCACCAUCAGCAGCAGCAGCAGCAGCAGCAGCAGUAGAUGCAGCAGCAGCAUCCGUGCCUUGGAGAUCCCCGACGAGAUGUGGAGCCCUUCUAGCAGCAGCAGCAGCAGCAGCAGUGGUGGUGGUGGUGGUGGUGAGCUUACUGGCUUUGACAGCAGCAGCAGCAACAGCAGCAGCAGCAGCAGCAGCAACGUGUGGGGAGUUUGCUUGCGUCCGGUGUCUUCUUCCGCUGCUUCUUUCUCUCGCUUGUCUCGCUUGUCUGUUUGCUGCUGCUGCUGGUUUGAGGGUUCUUUGCAUGCGUUUGCUGCUACGCCGCUGCCGCUGCUGCAGCAGCUAGACCUGCGAGGAAACGGUUUGCUGCUGCUGCCGCCCCACACGUUUGAGAACAAACAAAAGCUGCAGCUGCUGCUGCUAGAUAAGAAUCCGCUGCUCUCGCUGCAGGCGCUGCUGCUCGCCCUUAAACCCAUCGCGCACACGCUGCAGCAUUUGUCUCUGCGAGACACCCCAAUUUCUGAGGGCCUCUACGCACCACUGCAGCAGCAGCAGCAGCAACAGUGGCAGCAGCAGCAGCAGCAGCAGCUGCAGCUGCAGCAGCAAGGAACAGCGGCUCAGCAGCCAGCUGCAGCAACCUGGGAGACGCCUCCUCCCCUCUUGUUUAUAACAGACAAACAAUACGAACUCAUGGUCCAGCAACAGCAGCAGCAGCAGCAGCCGUCAGAACAGCAGCAGGAAGCGCAGCAGCAGCUCCUGCUACCCAUGGGAUCUUACAGCAAUUCAUCAGCAGCAGCAGUAACAGCAGCAGCAGCAGCAAACGGUGCUGCUGUAGAUUUAAGGAACCAGACGAAGAAUCGUUUGGUGUACAGGCAAAGCGUUGUUGAGGUGCUGCCAGAGCUGCUGUCGUUGGAUGGUCUGCUGCUGCAGCAGCAGAAGGCCGCUAUGAGUCUUCCCGCUGCUGCAGCCAUUGCUGCUGCAGUUACUAGAGCCGUGCUGCCCCCCAGUCUCCUCGCAGCUGCAGCGGAAGCAGCAGCAGCAGCAGAAGCUGCAGCAGGAGCUGCAGCAGAAGCAACAGCAGAAGCUGAAACAGCAGCAGCGAACCCAACGGCGUUGGAACGGGCGCACAUGGCUGCAGCAAGCAAGCAGCAGCAAGAGCAGCAGCCGCGGCUGUGGCGCAGCAGCAGCGCAGCAGCAGGAGCAGCAGGGGCUUUCGGAAGGUCUUCUUCUGCUUCUUCGUUGCUGCUGCAGCGGGAGAAGUCUCUGGGAAGUGCAUCGACAGCUGCUGCUGGCGUGAGGCGGAGGAGCACUUGGUGCAGCAGCAGCAGCAACAGCAACUGCAGCAGCAGCAGCAACAGCAGCAGCAGCAGCAACAGCAGCAGCAGCAGCAACACGAAGGGUUCAACAGUGGAGGAAGCAAGGUGCGCUCCCCUUGCUGCAGCGGGAGAUGGUGUUGCUGGCGCAGCAGCAGCAACAGCAGCAGCGGCGGAUACGCCAACAGCAACGCCAGCCCCAGCUGCUGCAGCACCAGUACGCCUUGAUUCAGCUGCAACAGCAGCAGCAGCAGCAGCAAACACCGCAGCAGCAAACAGCAAAGGGUCGUGGAUAACUGGAGUUGUGAAGCGUCUCGUCCCCACACAGCUGAGGAACCCGUUCUUGAAGCAGCAGCAGCAGCAGCAGCAGCAGCAGCAGCAGCAGGAAGACCCUCAGAGGCCAUAUCAGCAGCAAGAGGCAGGGGAUUCGGCUGCUGCAGCAGCUGCGGCUCCUUGGAGUGUCAAGACAGCGGCAGAGGAGGAGCCGCUGAGGAGGCGGUGGCAGAGGCCCCACACUGUCCCUGCUCUACGUCUCAGAAGCAGCAGAAGCAGCAGCCGCAGCAGCAACAGCAGCAGCAGCAGCAGGGAAAAGGAGGGAGAGACAAGUUCAAGCCAUACUGAAGUGCUGCAGGACGCCUGCGAGACAGCACAUUCGCAGACAUUGGGCGGGCAGCAGCAACAAGAGCAGCAGCAACAGCAGCAGCAGCAGCAGCAAGAACAGCAGCAGCAGCGACGGCGGGGUGAGGGGCCUGAAAGCUGCGCUGUCAGCAGAACUCCCAGCAGCAACAGCAGCUGCAGCGACAGCAGCGGGAGCUGCAGCUGCAGUUGCAUUAGCAGCUGCAGCAGCUGCAGCAGCAGCAGCAGCAGCAGCAGCAACGUGAGCAGAAGCAGCAGCCAGGAGAACUUCGCAGUCUUUCAAGGUUGUAAUUGGCUUUCGGGCCCCUCCCCUACUUCUUCUCUGUGGGCUUCACCAGCAGCAGUCGCAUUAUCUGCUGCUGCUGCUGUUUCUCCUGCUGCUGAUGACGUUGACUCUGCUGCUGCUGCUGCUAUUCCUGCGGCUGAAGAUGCUGCUGCUGCUGUUGCAAGCUGUGGGGCUUCGUCAGCGCUGGACAAUCUGCGGUUGCCGCCCCCCCGAAGGGCUUCAGAAGCUGCAGCAACAGCAGCAACAGCAGCAACAGCAGCAGCUCCUGCUGCUGCUGAUGGUGAUUUUUUCCUAGGAGAGGGUUGCAGCCGGGGCCCAGCAGCAGCAGCAGCAGCAGCAGCAGCAGCAACAGGGCCAUUCACAAUACUGCCAGUAGAGUCUAUUUCAGCUGGGAGAGCUGCCACAGGUGAUGCAGCUGCAGCAACAACAGCAGUAGCAGCAGCAGCAGCUGCUGCUGCUGCUGCUUCACCUGAGAAGAGAACAGAUAUCUCCACAGCACCAGCAACACCUGCUGCUGCUGGCGCAGCAGCAGGUGCAGCGCUGUGGGGUCCGCUGCAGCAGCAAACGAGCGAUAAGCACCCAUUAGGUGUGGACGCAACAGCAGCAGCAGCUGCAGCAGCAGCAGCAGCAGCUACAGCAGCAACAACACCCCCAGAAUACCUCGCAGAUUCUCGUUUGGAUUUGCAGCAAGACACCUUCGGCAUGGGGGUGUAUGAGAGCAGCAGCAACAGCAGCAGCAACAGCAGCAGCAGCAGCAGAGGCAUAGUGGAAGACGGUGCCAGCGCUGCAGAAGAGGCAGCAGCAGCAGCAGCAGCAGCAGCAGAAGCUGCGGCACGCGUUGCUGACGCUGCGGAAGAUGUGGCAGCUGCAGCAGAGACAGCCGCACGACAGCGUGGCGAUGUAGCAGCAGCAGCAGAAGCUGCUGCUGCUGCUGCUGCGGAAGCUGCUGCUGCAGCAACAGCCGCAUGCGAGAGAGCCGAGGGCACCCUAGCGCAGCGCAUACAUGCAGUAACAGCAGCAGGUGCUGCAGCAGAUGCUGCUGCUGCUGGGAGCCAAGCAGCACUGCAUGCAGCUGCUGCUGCUGCUGCACGCCACCAGCGAGCAGCAGCAAUUGCUGCAGAUGCAGAUGACGCUGCUGCUGCUGCACAGGAAGCAGCAGCAGCAGCGGAGGAAGACCUCGCAACGACGGAACUUGCUGCUGCUGCUGCUGCAGCGGCUGCAGCUAUGGCUGCUGGUGAGGUGUCUCUUGCCGGGGAAGCUGCUGCUGCAGCAGCAGAAGAGGCAAGAGCAGCAGAACGGAGUGCUGCAGCAGCAGAUCUCGCCGCCGCUGCAGCAGAAGAGAAACACUCCACUUCUGAUUGCGCAGCUCACGCAGCAGCAGCAGACGCUGCAGCAGCAGAAGCUGCAGCAGCGGAGGCAGCAGCAGCAGAAGCUACAGCAGCAGAAGCUGCAGCGGCAGAAGCUGUAGCAGCAGAAGCUGCAGCAGCAGAAGCUGCAGCAGCAGAAGCUGCGACAUUGAAAGCAGCGGCAGCAGAAGCUGCAGCAGCAGAAGCAGCAGCAGCAGAAGCAGCAGCGGCAGGAACAGCAGCAGCAAAAGCAGCAGCAGCAGAAUCCGCAGCAGCAGAAGCUGCAGCAGCAGAGGCAACAGUAACAGAAACAGCGGCAGCAGAAGCGGCUGCAACAACAGCAGCAACAGAAACAGCGGCUGCAGCAGAAGCAGCAGCUGCAGAGGCUGCAGCAGCAGAAGCUGCAGCAGCAGAAGCUGCAGCAACAAAAGCUGCAACGGCAAAAAAGGCUGCACAAACAGCAGCUGCAGCAGAUGCGGCAGUAAUGGGGGCUGCAGCAGCAGAAGCUGCAGCAGCAGAAGCUGCAGCGGCAGAAGCUGCAGCAGCAGAAGCUGCAACUGCAAAAGCUGCAGCAGCAGCAGCUGCAGUGGCAGAAGCUGCAGCAGCCGAAGCUGCAGCGGCAGAAGCUGUAGCAGCAGACGCAGUGGCAGCAGAAGCUGCAGCAGCAGGAGCUGCAGCAGCGGAGGCAGCAGCAGUAGAAGCUGCAGCAGCGGAGGCAGCAGCAGUAGAAGCU